CGACUAUGAAAAUGUUCUGCAGAAUAAGGGUUUCUGCAUUUUUUUUUUCAAAAGAGAAGUAUAAAAGUACUUGUUCUUCUUUUUAAAUUGCUUUCAUUUUGAUGUUAUUAUGGUGGAUGGAAUCAUGUGAACAUUUUCUAUGCUUUCUCGGGUUUGCUUUUUACCAACUUGAGGGUACACGGUUAUCUUUUUAGGCCAGCCUCACCAGCCAGUCUCGCCCUUUUAGAAACUUUUCUUACCAACUAAAAUCUCUACAAAACAAAUGGCAAUUCCAAGUCAGUUCUCUAUAAAUCUCGAAAAAACUCCCUUUUCCCUCUUUGUUUUCUUGGGAUAGCCUAUAAUUGCUUCCUCUCGCUUCUUUCUGUCUCUGUGAGAUGGGGAGGUCCCCUUGCUGUGAGAAGGCUCACACCAACAAGGGUGCAUGGACUAAGGAGGAAGACGAUCGACUUAUUGCACAUAUUCGUGCCCAUGGUGAAGGGUGCUGGCGGUCGCUGCCCAAGGCAGCCGGACUCCUUCGGUGCGGGAAGAGCUGCCGCCUCCGCUGGAUCAAUUAUCUAAGGCCGGACCUCAAGCGGGGCAACUUCACAGAGGAAGAAGAUGAACUGAUCAUCAAGCUUCAUAGCUUGUUGGGGAACAAGUGGUCUCUGAUAGCAGGAAGACUACCAGGAAGGACAGACAAUGAGAUCAAAAACUAUUGGAACACCCAUAUUAGGAGGAAACUGUUAAGCAGGGGUGUGGAUCCCUCAACCCAUAGACCAAUCAAAGAGCAGCCCGCUGCAGAGGCCACGACAAUCUCUUUUGCCAGGGUAGAGAAGCCUAGUUGUGAGAAGGAGAUGAAGAAGAGCAGUACUGAAAGUGAAACAUGGAGUGAUGAUUUGAACCUUGAGCUCUGCAUUAGCCUGCCUUCUCAGCAAGCUCAUCAACCACCAUUGAAGAGAAACAUGUGCUUGUGCUGCAGCCUUGGAGUGCAUCAGGGGAAGGGGUGUAACUGUAAUGGCUUUCUAGGUCCAAAAGCAGGAAUCCUGGAUUACAGAAGCCUGGAAAUGAAGUGAGAUUGUAUUUGUUGUA